AUACACUCUCCCAAGCAAAAAAAAAAAAAACCUCUCUACCAGUACACACCCAAACUGAGCAUGUGCAGACUGACUCCACACGAUAUGUCUUAUCAGGAGAUAAGAGGGGGACACUGGAAAAAGAAGAUCAGAGAAGACAGUAUCAAACAGCUAUUUUACACAAUGCAGAGGAUUAACUUAGGUUCCACAGUGAGUAUAACAAGCAUGCUUUACUGCCAGGGGCGGACUGACAACUCAUGGGGCCCCCGGCAAUAGGGGAAUAUGGGGCCCCUGUGUCCUUGCCCAAACUCAAAAAAGCCAAU